AUGACAUGGAAGUUAGGAGAUGAAGAGCCAGCUUCUAAUGGCGGUCGUGGUACAGACGAUGCUCUUACGGUCACUCGAAUCCUUGAGGCAUCUGAUAUUCCAUGUUGCCUUGUGGGGAUAUCUGCGCUUAUAUUCUAUGGCGCUGCCAGGCUGCGUCCGGACUGGGAAAUCGCUAUUCCGACAGAACUCAUCGGUAAAGCUGCGCAGCUAUUACAAUCAGAACCACACUCGGCCAACUACUCUUUAGUAGAACCUUGGCCCGAGCCAAGCAUGUCCCUUUUACAUACAUAUCAUCGUUUCAAAGGCAAAGGCACCAACUUCUACUUCAUCCUGGUACCUGCGCAAGAUGUCCACAUAGUUUGCGAGCCCUCGAAUAUCACACGCAGCCUCAGAGGGCUACCUUAUCCUAAGCUAAGCGUCUUUAUCCAAAGCUGCUUGGAUACUCGUAACGAGUUGCAACUUUGUGAUGUGGUCGACGGCACUGACCUACCGGAAGAAUGGGGAGAAGAAAACCUCCAACUCGAAGGGUUUAAUGAUGUGGAGUGGGCCAAAGAUAUAAAUAAACGUGGAUGUGAAUUUGAGAACGGCAAAUUUGCUCAUUGGUCACCUUUCGCCUGGGAUGCGCCGAAAAGUAGGAGGGAGAUGUGGCAGUCUAAGGUGCGGACCAAGAAAGAUAGGCUGGAUUGGACAAAGCCGGAUCAUGUCUACAUCACGCAAUACCGUAUCAUAGGCGAUCCGGACCCGUGGACUAUUCUCUCUGAUGAUUAUUAA